AAAAUUUAUUUCAGGAAAGAUAACUCAAAUCCAGCGGAAGUCAACUUCAGGCGGUGCUGAUGAAAACACAGUAAAGAAAGCGGAUCAAACAAGUAUUUCUUCUAGUUUGCCAGCGUGUUGUAUCAAUUUGAAACAUGUUACCAAAGGGUUAAAAACUGAUGAAUGUAACAUUUACCAGACAAACAGACACACAACAUAAUGAUCAGUUAAGUGAAGAUGAUAGUUUUAAAAGAUCGAGUUGCACAGAUUUAUUAUACGCAUGGAUUAUUCUGUGCCUCACAUCCUGUGGCAAUCCUCACAGCCCUUGUAUGUCUCAUGUUGGUUACAUUCUAUCCCUUGAUAUAUGUUCCAUUACCUGGGACAGUACCUAAACAUUAUACCACACCUGUAUCUCCUGACACACAACCUUAUCGCACAACAAAGGGAAGUAAUGGAGAGGAAGAAGGGAAAAUGCAGCCUCACUGGUUUAAAGGUGAACCCCUAGGAUAUAUCCAGCAGAUUGUAGUCAAGGUGGCAGUGUCACCAUGGAAACCAGAUACAAUGACACCUAGCGAUGCUUACAGAUCACCACUAAGUAAAGUGUUCCAGCUGAUAGAUAAAAUCAAUCAUUUUCAGUACAAUGAUGGUAAUGGAGAAGGUUAUUCCAUAUCAGAUAUUUGUUUCCGUGUAUCAGAGGCUACAUCAGCUAGGUACAUCAAGGACCUCCUUCCAGAAUAUUCCUGUAUGGUUUUAUCUCCAGCUAAUCUAUGGCAGACCAAUCCUCAGAAAUUCCGAGAUGACGAAGUUUUGAGGACUAUCUUUAAGAGGCAUGGUCAAGCUUUAGAGACUCCUCCUUAUCCUAAAGACAUACUGUUUGGAUUGCCAUGGACAAACACAGGAAUCUCCAGAUAUUUUAUCAGAAACAAACAAAGAACAAUAUCUUAUGCUGUCACCUUAGUCCUUAAGAAAUAUGAUCAUAAAUUUUUAGAUGCUUUAAAGAAGAAAUUAAUAGACUGGUACCCAGAGACUGUAAACAAUGUAAAUUUGACAGAACCAGUCAACAUUGUACAUGUUCACUACCAAGAAAUUAAGUUCAUGUCGGAGUAUACAUACCUAGUUGUCACCUACAUUGUGUUGUUCUUGUACUUGUAUUUUUCUGUCAGUAAAAUAGAUAUGGUGAAAUCCAAAGGAGGAUUAGCAUUUAGUGCAGUGUUUACUGUGGUAGCUUCCCUUCUCAUGUCAGUCAGUAUCUGUACUAUGUUUGGGUUGACACCUACUCUAAAUGGAGGGGAGAUAUUUCCUUACCUUGUUGUACUUAUUGGUGUUGAGAACAUUCUGGUGAUUACAAAGUCUGUUGUAUCAACCCCUGUAGAUUUAGAGGUCAAAUACAGGAUAGCUCAAGGUAUAAGUAAGGAAGGUUGGUACAUCACCAAGAACUUAGCAACAGAACUGAUGAUUGUAGUUGGAGGUUUUGUAACUUUUGUUCCACAGAUUCAGGAGUUUGCUGUAUUUGCAUUGGUUGGUUUACUGACUGAUUUCUUCCUACAAGUUGUGUUCUUUGUCACAGUUUUAUCUGUUGAUAUCAGAAGAAUGGAACUAUCAGAUUUACACAAGAGAACCAUUAGAAGAAGUACAUCAGAUUCUGUUCUAAGAAAGAAGGAAAAGAUGGAGCCAUUAGUCCGAUGUCCUGUGAUGACGUUAUUGGGAACAGCUGAGACAGGUCCUACAUCUCCUGUAGUACCCUCACAACCAGUGAAGAAAGAUGGGUUCUUAUCUAACCCACAGGCUCUUCAAUCUUCCAGGAGACUCAGAUUGAUAGAUUUUAUAGGAAGAACUAGAGCUUUACAGAAGUGUAUGAUGGUUUGUACAGUAAUCUGGAUAGGAUUGAUUGUCUAUAAAUCAGGUCUGGUAGAACAUUUAACUAAUUCUACAAUAGCCAUUAAUUAUUCUAUCAACCAAGCAAAACAAGAUGGCGGUAAAGAGGAGUAUUAUGGGAUGUCGUUUCCAUGGGGAUUCCUAGAGUCAGAAGAGAUAUCACCAGUCAAUCAUACUGAAGCAGAAUUGUGGAAGGACUUGAAUCAUAAACAUUGGCUAACUAUGUUUGGUUAUUACAAUAUAAGCCUUUAUGGCAGAUACAUCAGCAUUAUUCCAUCAAUCCAUAUAUCUAUGCUCAUUAAUCCACAAGAGGCCAUACAGUUCAGACAGUCAUUAGAUGGUACACCAGAACAACAGAGUGCUAGAGGAGAGUUUUCAGCAAGUAAUGACAUGACAGAGGACGUCACAGUAGAAGGGGGAGACUUUCCACCACAUUAUAUGUAUGAUUCAGAACAUUUCAAACAGUUUUAUCCAAAGUCACGGAGGGAAUAUGUGAUAACUUUGUGUUUUGGAAUUCUUAGCGUUGUUUGCAUUUCAUAUUUUGUUGUAGCAUUAUAUAACUGUAUUUGUCCACGAAACUAUGCCAAAUGGCGACAAAAAUGGAGCCGUAAUGGGAGAAAAAGCCGUCAUAGUGGAUACAUAAGACAGGUUAAAGCAUCUGUACCAAAGAUUCUUAAAGGACAUGCUCAGGAGAUAGAAUGCCUAGCUACAGAUGGCCAUUUCAUUGUUAGUACUUGUCUGGGAGGAGAGUUACGUGUAUGGGAUUCUGUAACUGGAGAAUGUGUCACUGUUAUACUCAGGAAAAGUGUAACACCACCGAUGAAACGUAAACCAUGUGUUGGACGUAAUAUUGAAGACAGUGAUGCAGAUCUGUAUGCAGAGUACCAUGGUGAUGUAGGAUCAGUAUUUCCUGAGGAUUUAAAUACUGUUGGUCCAAGACAGAGAAGUUCCAGCAAACGUCAAAGUACCGAACCUCACAAGAAACUAUUUACAAAUCAGCCUGAUUUAUCAGGUUCAGUUAACACAAACUUUUCAUCACUGUCAAAUGAUGACCACUUGUCUCUGACACCAUCUCCUCAACCAAAAAAUGCAGGGUUUGAUUUUAGAGGACAAUUUAAUAGUAUUUAUACCAACCACCAACGAUUCUUAGAAGAAAGUGGUGAGAGUGGUAACCUUGGGGAUGGAGCUCAGACAAGCCAAAAUGAUGAAUGGCGGUCAAGGAGCUGGAGUGCUGGUGACCAUCCAGCAACACUGCAGCAUGAUGCUUCCCUGUUUGAUACUGGUUUCCAAGACAAUCAAGCUCCUCCCAUCUGGUGUCUGUCAUUCUCAGAUGGUCUUGUAGCAGCUGGCUGUGGAAAUGGAAGAAUUGAGCUGUGGGAUGGAGCAUCUGGAACCCUUAAGAAUAUGUUUGGAGACAGUAGAGUAGGUGUAACAUCUGUUUGUCUGGUGGGUAACAGGGUUGUUGCUGCCAGAUUAAAUGGAACAAUAGAUUUUAUAGACUUAGAGACAUUCCACAAUCCUGCUUUCACUUCUACAUCUACACCUAACACAACUUUUACCAAAGGUCAUAGUAGGCAGUAUAGUCAAGCCAAAGUGAAAGUAGAAAGUUUACAGCGACGAGAUGAAAUCAUUCAUAUGACAUUAAUGAAGAGUACUAAGGCUCAUCAACAACAAAUUGUAUCAUUACAGUAUGCAGGGACAUGUAGAAAAAUUAUAUCAGCUAGCCAAGAUCAUACCCUUAAGGUUUUCCAGAUAGAUGAUGCUUUCUGUUUGUAUACACUACAUGGACAUUCUGCUAAAAUUACAGUAUUGUAUAUUGAUAAGGUGCCACCAUUUUAUGCUGCCAGUGGUGAUGCUGAUGGAAUAGUCAGACUAUGGGACCUUCAGGCCGGCACCUGUCUGCAUAAGGUUAAGGGUCAUGAUGGAGCUGUUGUGUCCAUUAAUAGUACAGAUAAAUGUGUAGUUAGUUCAGGAUUGGAUGAUAAACUAUGUAUCUGGGACAGGAAAAAGGGCUGCAUAUUACAUUCUCUAGACCUUGACCCUUGUGGUAAUAAUUGUUUGUCAUUGCUGUCCAAAGAUUUACUGGUUACUGGUGGACAGGGGUGUAUCCACUUAUUAGAUAUAGUUAAAGGACAGAUUAUAAAGACAAUCAAUUUAGGUGACAAUACAGACAAAUUGGCCUUUGUCCAUCAGAUAAAAGUGGUCGAGAGUACAGUGAUAGUUUGUGAUUACGCUAGUGAUAUGAAAGUUAUCCAUUUCCCAACUGUGCUUGAAAAAGUAGAGUAGUUCGGAGAUAGGGCUGAAAAAGCUCUUGAUUUAUUUGAGACCAUGCUGUCUACAGGAUAUUAAUUAUAGAACUUAAGAAAAAAUGUAUGAACAGGUUGGUUACAGAAAAAGGGAAUAGAUAAUUAUAAUACGAUGCAUUGAAAGAAUAUUAAAAAAACAUGGAUGACUUGAGUGGUUAAGAAACAAAGACCAUUUAUUGUGUAUUGUUCUGUUAGUUAACUUUUGUUUUAAAAAUUGUGUAUACAUAUUUCAUUUAAUUCAUUUAAUACAUAUAGGACUGAAUCACACAACAUUGAGAAAAUCAUUUAUACACACUAACAUUUAAAGCAUACUGUUUUAGGCAGCAAUUAAAUUAUGGUUCAAUUGUGAUAUGAUGUAAACACUUUAUUAGAGGGUUAUACCAGAAAAAAAUAAAGAGGAAAUAGGUAGGAAGGCAUUUUGUCAUGAAUCCACCAACCAAUGAAUUAAAUAUUCAAAAGUAAAAUCAACUAGCCUUUAUGUUUUAAUGGAAUUACCUAGAUAGACAAUGACCCAGUGACUUAAUCAAGAUUUUAUAUGGUUUUGAUCCGGUCAUUGAAGAAAUAUUUAAAAAAUGUUUGAGAAAGGAUUAUUUCAUAAAUCAUUAUGAAUGAUAUUAGAGGGCAUUGCAGUAUAAAAGAUGAAUGCUAGGAUGCAACAAAUAUAGGCCAUUAUCAUAAAUUUUAAUUCAUGAUCAUGUAAAAUAACCUUCAUCAAAGUCAUACAUUUAUUUAUUGAGAAAGACUUAAUUUCAGAUUUAAUUAUGAUAUGAAGAAGCACUGCCAUGAUCAUAUGAUGAAAAAAUUAUGACUUAUUUGCAUAGUAUCAAUAUUUGUUAUGAUCUCAUGAUUAUAAAUUGUUUUCAUACAUGUGAUAAAGUUAAAGUUGUUUUGCAUAAGAUUGAAAAGAGCUUGUAAUUUAUGUUAACUGUAUUUUUCUUAUAAUCAAACUAUUUAUUGUUUCUAUUUUCUACUUUUAUACUAGCAUGGUCAUAAUGGAAUAAAGAAGACAAUGUUUGAAUUUAUUUGAGAAAUCUUAUCAUGUGAUAUGGAAUAUUGUAUUGUAUACAAAUGUUAAUGCCAAAUUUAUUUAAUUCAUAUAAAAUGUUUUUAUUUAACCUCUGACAGAAAAUAUGAUAAAUUUUUAUUUCUCUAAUUUAUGGUCUAUUGUCUUUAAUAUUUUGAAAACUAGUGUUGGAACAAAGGAACAAAUAUGUCAUCUAGAUCAUUUAACCUUAUUGUACUGGAGUAAUAUUCCGGUGAAUUUUGAGUUUGUAUUUAUUUAUAAGCAUGAGUGCAGCAAUCGGUAUAUGAAUGAAUGUCUUCAUUAUUUGCAGUAAAAGUGUAUUCAUUUUAAUGUUUGUGAUACAUUGUACAUUCAGAGCUUUUCUCAACCAAAUUGGUAUUGAAAUUUUAUUAUAACUUUCGUCAACUAUCCUGAAUUUCUACCAAACUUGAACAGAAGCUUGUUUAUGUUCAUAAGAGUAUCCAGAAGUAAAUUUUGUUAAAAAAGAAUCCUGUUUAUCUGUAUUUAACUUAUAAACAGACAUAGUUUUACUUCCAGUUAACAUUAUAUAGUCUGCUGUUAUAUUUUUAAAACAUUUGUUAGACUCAUAAACCAUCCUGGAUUUUUACCAAACUUUGAAUGAAGCUUCUUACAAUCAAAAGAUUGUACUGUGGAUUCAAUGUUAUUCGUUGGAUACCAAUAUUCAUGGAUUUCGUGGGUACAGGUGAAACACAAAUUUGAAUGUUAAAAAAAAUCCAAAUUUCUAUAAAGUUGUAUCUAGACUUUGGCAGAACCAUGAAAUCACAUAUCCACAAGAAUGCAAGGUUUACGCAAUCCACAAAAAUUGGUACCCAUGAAAAUAAAUGAAUUCUUAGUAUCUAGAGAAAAAUUUUCAAUAAUGUUUUUACCAUUUUUGUUGAGUCUGUAACUAACAGCAAAAGAAGCGAGACACUGGGUUCCCUGGAACCCUUAGGAAGUUUUUAGUACUAAUGGGCCUGCCUCUCAUGGUUUUGACAGGAUAAUAUAGGUAUGAAAUUGUUGUUUACCUUGCUUUCAGUUUUAGUUUUGAAUGAUCAUACUUUUGAGUUCUAUGGGCCUUCAUCAAUUUCCCUUUUUUUUUUUAAUAGGACCUAGCAAAUUGUUCAAUCUGCAGAAGACCUAUAGUAAUCAGCUUGUCUGUGUAUCCGUCCAUCACAAAACACAAUGACAUUUGGUGAACACAUUUCUUCUGAGAAUUAAAGAAUUUAUUUGCCUAGCUUCAUGUCAAUAUUGUCUUAUAAAUGUUAUCUAAAAUGUUGAAUAAAUCAUGCGGCAAAUAAGACUACUAAUUACCUAAUUUUGACUACAUAGUAUAUAACUUUUCAAUUGACUACUUAAGGUGGUACCUAACACUACAGGGAGACAACUCUGUAAAAUCAGCUAAACGUUUUAAUUACGUUGUGUUGUUAAGGGGAAAUUAAGCUUCUCAAUGAUCAAAAUUAGAGUUUGCCAAACUGCUAUAUAAGCAGUGUAUUUUUUCUGAUAAAACGGUUGGUUCAAAUUUUUUUUAAAUUUUAUAUUUUUGUCAAAGGAUCAAAGUAAAUACUUUGUCAAAAUUUCAAGAAAAUUAAACGAGCCAAAUUAAUUUUAGUUAAAGUGUUGGGUACCACCUUAAUAGUCCAGGAAGAGCAAUUAGAAAAGGUAAAUUUGAGCUUACAAUUGGUCCAAUUUUUGGGAACAAAUUAAUUGUUUUCCAAUGAUUUUUGUUUGUGUAUAGAUAAAAAUGGAGUUCCCCCUCAAAUUGUGCAAAUUCAAUGUUUGAUUUGACCUCUUUUUAUUUGUAUUUGCUCUUACUUGAACAAGUACCAUAAUGACAUACCAGAAAAGUUAACUGUCAAAUAUUAUAUACUCUGGAAUCAAAAGUUGGUAUUAUAAGAAAAUAGUCAAUUUAAACCAACUUUUACCAUAGUAAUGUUGAUCUAAUAAAUAACUUGAAAACCAUCUGGCUCCAAGUAAUUACAGUAAAAUACAAGUUUUUGUUUUUGUCAGAUUGUAAACAAAAUUGUAUGUGCAUAUCUCUGUUAAUUUUUUCAAGAACAUUAUUUUUAAAGGUCAUUCUACUUAAAAAUGUUAAUAGAUAUUUUUCUGAAGUGUAUACAAUUAAACUGCAAGAUACAAUGGAUCACUUGAUGUAUUAGAUAGAAACAUGUUUCAGUUUAUAGCAAUCUAUUUUCAUUCUUUCAAUUUUGUAUGUAAAAUGUUUGUUUGUUUUUAAUUUUUUUUUAUUGUAAAUGCAAUAAAUGCAAUUUUUAUAAUUUAUGUAUGAAGUGUUGAAAAAAUGGAAAAAAUAAAAAUAUCUUG